GACCUAUCCUUGUAAACGAGGCUACGAAAAUCCCACGUGCGAAUUUGAUACCUCAGUGAAGCGUAGAUCGCAGAGAGGACACAUUUUCUCUAAUUUACGCAAUAAUCUCCACAUCAGACAAACAACAAUGACUGAAGAAGUAAACCCCAAAGCUUAUCCUCUGGCUGACCCACAGUUGACCCAGAAAGUGCUUGAUAUUCUGCAACAGGCUGCUAACUACAAACAGCUCAAGAAAGGUGCAAAUGAAGCCACCAAGACUCUGAAUCGUGGAAUCUCUGAGUUUAUAGUAAUGGCUGCAGAUGCUGAACCCCUGGAGAUUCUACUGCAUCUACCUCUCCUAUGUGAAGAUAAGAAUGUUCCCUAUGUGUUCGUUAGGUCCAAGCAAGCUCUUGGUCGUGCAUGUGGAGUACAGCGUCCAGUUAUCGCAUGUUCUGUCGAGACUAAAGAGGGAUCUCAACUGAAGCAACAGAUCAUCACAAUACAAAACAGCAUUGAGAAAUUGCUCAUUUAGAUUCUAGACAAAGACAGAAUGACAUUUGGCGCAGAAUGUCUUCAGAGUGAAUGCAAAUCGCAUCCUUAAAAUGCAAAUGUACUCGUAUAAGAGAGUGAACUGAUUAUUUUCAGUUUCAGUGAAUUUUAUGAUUUCACUUGUAUAAAUGAAGUCAUUUUUUGAAAAUUGAUGAUUACAUCAAAGAACAUUCACUUUUCAUUUACCAUUCUACAUUGCCAUUACAUUACUCUAUAGAAUUGUCAUAUUUCUAUAUUUUAUAACAUUGUAAUGUACAUAUAUUAUUUAGAAAUAAUCAAUGUAAACUUCUUUUAGUAGAGAAACUUUAUAGUCUUGUUAUGUUAACAUAUUAAAUAUAUUUCACCAGCAUGAAGCAAAUAUAAGCUGCCACCACAAUGAAGCAAAUGAACAGAACGAAUAAAGUCACCACAAUGGCAAUUAUAUAAGUCACCACCAUGAAGCAAAUAUAAGCUGUCAUCACAAUGAAGCACAUAUAUUAAACAAAUAAAGUCACCGCAAUGGCAAUUAUAUAAGUCAUCAUAAUGAGGCAAAUAUAAGUCACCACAAUAAAGCAAAUAAACACAACGAAUAAAGUCACCGCAAUGGCAAUUAUAUAAGUCAUCACAAUGAGGCAAAUAUAAGUCACCACCAUAAAGCAAAUAUAAGCUGUCACCACAAUGAAGCACAUAUAUGAAACAAAUAAAG